GCAGGAAUGCUUGGAGCCCGGAUCCAUGUGGUUUGCUUGUUGUGUUCCAGCAGUGUGUACAAUGUUAAAAAGCCACCACUAGUCGCCCCCAGUGCUCUUACUCUCGGUCUUUUUGUGUCUGGUGCAGAUUAAACGUCACGUCCGCACUUGAACUUGAAUUUUAUCCCAUUGUACAGAGGCAGACCCAGCCAUAGAGCGACUGAGAGCUCCCAGAGAACCUGGACUCCGCCAUCUUCACGUUGAAUAUAUAUAUAUAAAUCACAAGUACUGGCCAACACGGCGAGCACUGGGCGACCAGUCCUCUCCCAGUGCCAGGCAAGUGGAGCAGUGCAAAGUGGUGGGCAUUGGCAAUCUAGGCACUAGGGUAGUGCCACCUGGACUAAUAACUGGAGACUGCUUGCUUGUCCCAAAGCAGUGUACUGAGUGAUGUAACAUUUUGGCAAAAACUAAUUUUCAUGAUUAAUUUUUAUUUUUGUCUGUGGUGGAAGAAAUAACCUGCCAUUGUCACGCUCUAGGACAGUGCACAGUAUUGGUGGGGAAGAGCAGAAGGCAAUCCCAAGUUCAGGAAGAGCCGGUAAAUAUUAAGUGUCAAGCAGUGGAGAGAGAAGUGCCCGUUUGGAAAGGGGAGAGCCCACUAGGUGCACAAGGAAGAAGUUUUUUGGAAGGAAAAAAACAGGAACGAGCAAGAGAGAAGAAAGUACUCCCACCAUCCCAUCCCAGAGCAGCUUUCCGGGCGAUGCCAGUGUAAAUGCCAGGGCAAUGUCCCGUCGCAAGCAGGGGAACCCGCAACACUUGUCACAAAGGGAGAUUAUUACACAGGCCGACCAUGUGGGAACGGCAAAUAGAGAUGACGAUGACCGCAUCUCCAUACCAGAACCCAGCAUUGGCAUCUGCCCGGGCAGCGUCGAUCCUGAUAUUCUAACCUGUGGACAAUGUCAGACAAACUUCCCACUUGGAGACAUCUUGGUUUUUAUAGAGCACAAGAAAAAGCAGUGUACUGGUGUUGGUGGGGGCUGCUAUGAAAAGAGUGUGGAUAAGAGCAGCCCCUCACCUUCCUCACGCUCCUCACUCAGGAAAGUGUCAGAGCCAGUGGAGGUUGGGAUCCAAGUCACACCCGAUGAGGAAGAUCGUCUUCUCACACCUCCGAAAGGAAUCUGCCCAAAGCAGGAGAGUGUUGUUGCAGCUGCCGGUUGCCGAACUUGUCAUCGGCGGGCUACACCGGGAGCUUUGUCAGGUCGUUUAGGAAAUGGGAGUGAAGCGUUGUCGUUACCCUGGUGUGUCAGAGGUAAAGAUGAGCCGUCAAGUUACAUUUGCACAACAUGUAAGCAGCCAUUUAACAGCGCCUGGUUCCUGCUUCAGCAUGCACAGAAUACACAUGGAUUUCGCAUCUACCUGGAAGCAAGCCCGUCAAGUACUCAGCUUACCCCACGCAUCACCAUUCCUCCACCUCCUCUGGGACCAGAACCAGGUACCCUACAAUCCCCCCUGAUGAAUUUCUUAGGAGAUAACAAUCCUUUUAACCUUCUACGGAUGACAGGACCCAUUUUGAGAGAACAUCCUGCCUUUGGGGAAGGUCGGCUUCCCAAUACUCCUCCACUCUUCAGCCCACCACCUCGCCAUCAUCUGGAUCCACAUCGCCUUAGUGCUGAAGAGAUGGGGUUAGUCACCCAGCAUCAUAGUGCCUUUGACAGAGUAAUGCGCUUACCACCUCUGGGGCUGGAGUCCCAGUCAAUGGAUUUCUCUAGAAGGCUCCGAGAACUGGCAGGGAACAAUAGUGCUACUCCACCACCAGUGUCACCUAACCGCACCAACCCUAUGCACCGUUUGUUAAACCCUUUUCAACCAAGCCCUAAGUCUCCUUUUAUAAGUACUCCACCAUUACCACCAAUGCCCCCUAACAGCACCACUCCACCUCAGCCACAAACUAAAACUAAGUCCUGUGAAUUCUGUGGAAAGACUUUCAAAUUCCAGAGCAAUCUUAUUGUACACAGACGUAGUCAUACUGGUGAAAAGCCGUACAAGUGUCAACUUUGUGAUCAUGCCUGCUCCCAGGCAAGUAAGCUCAAGCGUCACAUGAAAACACACAUGCACAAGACAGGUUCUAUGACAGGUAGGUCAGAUGAUGGGUUGUCCACAACCAGUUCUCCAGAGCCAGGUACAAGUGAACUUACUGGUGAGGGAGUAAAAUCUGGAGAAUCAGACUUCCGGAAUGAAAGUGAUCCCUCCUUAGGUCAUGAAAAUGAAGAGGAGGAGGAUGAAGAGGAAGAAGAAGAGGAAGAACUUGAAAAUGAAAGUAGGCCUGAGUCAAGUUUCAGCAUGGAUUCAGAAUUUAGUCGUAACCGUGAAAAUGGAUCCAAACCACCUCCUGAUGAAAAGUCCCUUGUCCUUGGAAAAGUUAUGGAUAAUGUGAGUCUUAGUGCCAUCCAACAGUAUAAUGACAUGUUAGCUGAGAAGCAGAAAAGAAGCAAUUUUAUGAAGCGAUCUACAGAUGGUACAAGAGAUACAGGUGAUGAAGAUUCCGUCACUGGAGAAAUUCAUCGCAGUGAACAAGGCACAGUUAAUGGUAGAAACUUUGGCUCAGGUGAACCUUUCUCGGGCUUGCUCCCUCGGAAGCCAACCCCCAUCACAAGUCCUAAUUUAACCAAUUCAUCUUCUAAACGAAUAAAAAUUGAAAAAGAUUUGGACUUACCACCAGCAACAAUUAUACCUUCAGAAAAUGUUUACUCUCAGUGGCUGGUGGGUUAUGCAGCAACAAGGCACUUCAUGAAGGAUCCAUUUCUUGGAUUCACAGACUCCCGACAAUCUCCUUUUGCUACUUCUUCUGAGCAUUCUUCAGAGAAUGGAAGCCUGCGUUUCUCCACUCCACCAGGGGACAUGUUGGAUGGGGGUCUCUCAGGGCGUAGUGGGACAGCUAGUGGUGGUAGUACCCCUCACAUAGGUGGGCCUGGUCCAGGACGACCCAGCUCUAAAGAAGGUCGGAGGAGUGACACAUGUGAGUACUGUGGCAAAAUUUUUAAGAACUGUAGUAAUCUAACAGUGCACCGCCGGAGCCAUACUGGGGAGCGGCCUUACAAAUGCGAGCUGUGCAACUAUGCAUGUGCCCAAAGCAGCAAGCUAACACGCCACAUGAAAACUCAUGGCCAGAUAGGGAAGGAAGUUUACCGCUGCGACAUAUGCCAGAUGCCCUUCAGUGUUUACAGCACCCUGGAGAAACACAUGAAAAAGUGGCAUGGAGAACAUUUACUGACAAAUGAUGUUAAAAUUGAACAGGCAGAACGAAGCUAAAGACUCACUUAAGUGAACUGAGGGGCUAGGUAUCAAUUUAUUUGUAAAUUCUAAUUGUUGCCAACUGAGAAACCGGCCUACUUGCCUCCAUUGGCACUUAACUCUUUUAUAGUGUAUAACUUGUGUCUAAUAAAGCUCUAUCAAACCUGAAGAGAGGUAAUUAAGGCAGUAAAAUAAUGUGGAGCCUUUUAACUGUGCAAUAAUUUCUGUAUUUAUUGGGUUUUUGUAUUUUUGGCAUGUGCAGGUACUUUUUUUUAUUCUUGCUGUUAAUUUUUUUUGUUUGGGUUUUUUAUUAUUUUGUUGGGUAUUGUUUUCAAUUUUACCCACUAGUAGCCUGAGAUUACUUGCAUUUUAGGAAAAAAAAAGCAUAUGUUUUAAAUUAUAAUUUUUGGGCUGCUGCUUCUAUGGAAUUUAAGCUAAGCAUGUGUAAUUUCUUGGAAAGAAGCCAAAUGUUAUGUGCAUUUUUUAGAAAGCAAGAAACUAAAAAACUUACAGCGGAUAACAAUCUUUCAAUAUUGUAGCACUUAAUAUUUUUCCACCACUGGAUAUAAUAUGUAGCACUCAUUAUAUCACUAAUGAAUUGAGGCCUUUCACUAUCAAGAUCCAUAUAGCUAGCUAGAAACCUUUAGUAGUAGAACUUUUCUAAAGUGGCAGCAGUUACACAUAUCUGAGCUAUAAUGGGGGGAAAAUUAUACUUGGCAGCUUAUUUAUGUGGAACCUAAAAUAACAGAACCUCGUGCUCUAUACAGUGUUUGGAGUAUCUUCACUCCUGGACAGGAAGCACUGAAGACAGGAAUGUAAACAAGCCAUUUAAGCUACUAUGUUGGGGCUGUUUGCUUCUGCAGUACCAAGUGGUCCCAUUAUAAAUAGAUUGACAGUAAAAUAUCUUUAGUAUAACAUAUUUCCCUCUUGACUACUGUCAGCCAUAUGGAAUAACCUGCUACUUAGCUAACUAUAGAUUAUAUUAAUUAUGUUACCUUACUUCAGACCAUGCUCUGUAACACCUAAGAACAAGGACAUGGAUAAGACAAUAUAUUAAACAUUGUAAAAGAAUAAUGUCUUGCCUCAUUCUGAGCUAUGCAUUAUUUAAAAUUAAAACAAUGCAGAUGCUCUUGCCUCCAUCUGUUAGUAUUUAGUAUCGUUCUACAUAACAGAAAAAAUAGUUAGAUAAUGUUGUUAUGUUGACCCGCACUUUAUAUUUGUUUCUUUCAGUGGCUUCUAAACAAGAAAUUACAGCAUAUUCUUCUAGUUGGCCCAAAAAUGGGUUAAUUUAUAAGGGAACAACUGAGAUUAAGUGUCAGUGUUGCUAAGCAUGGCAUUCACAAUACUGGCACUAUAAAAUAAUUUAUUGGACAGUUUUGUGCUGCCAUUAAUUUGACAUGAGUGCCUUGAAAACUGAUCUUCCUAUUUGAGUCUCAUGAGACAAAUGCAAAUCUUUUUUGUGAAGCAAAAGAACUUUUAAAAAUGAAAACAGAGCAUGUUCUAAAAAAAAGAAGACACCAUAUUUACUUAAAAAAUGAAAUUUCUGUUUGAAUAAAGUGGACAUAAAAAUGCCAUAAGACCCAAUCAAGUGAAGAUGUACCCAGCACAACUUUGGAUAUCCAUUAGCUGAAUUCUUCUCAGCCUUUUGUGUUUCAGGACAACGCUGCUUAGAAAUAGUUAAAUAAUUACUGCUGAAUUGAAGCUCAAAUGACACAAGCUACAGGUAGUCAAUAUAGAAUGAAAGAAAACAAUUCAGGAACAACGGCUAAUUUUUUUAAAAAAAAAUUAAAUUUAGUGCACUCUGUCUUAAAAUACGUUUACAGUAUUGAAUACAUACAAGGGUAAAAAAUAAUUUGUGUGUAUGUGUGUUUGAAAGAUCUUUUUUUCAGAGUUUGCUUAAUAGGUUAUAAAAAAUGCCAUAAUGGCCAUGUGUAUAUUGUUUUUUGGGAUUUUUUUUUUUUUUGGUGAUGGGGUUUUAGUACAUAUUAUAUAUAUUAAAUUUCUUGAUUACUGUAAAAGUGGACCAGUAUUUGUAAUAAAGGAGAAUGCCUGGGCAUUUUACAAAACCAGAAAAAAAUUCUUGAAAAUGUUGCAGUAAAAUUUUAAUGGUGGGUCUAUAAAUUUGUUCUUGUCACUGUAACUGUAAAGUCUGAGUUUUAGUAAAAACUUUUUUUUUUCUGCCUUGGGUGUUAAUUUUAAAAAAUGUAUAGAAACUUGUAUUUGGGGAUAAAAGGUGACUGCUACACCAUGUAGGAAAAAAAGAAAAAACAAGUAGAAAAAAGUGCUUAAUAUUGUUAUUGCUUUGCAGAAAAAAAAAUCACAUUCCUGACCUGUACUUAUUUCUUCUCUUACCCCCCUCUGGAAUGGAUAUUUGUAUUGGUUGGUUCAUUUAAUAAUGUAGGCACUUGCUGUAUUUUUACUGGAGCUUGUAUUUUUUAACUGUAUGCUUGUCCUUUGAAAGGUAUCAAUAUACCUUUUUGGUAGUGAAUUUGGAAAAAAAGUAAACAAAACAUGGGCUGCCAUAAUAUAUUUUUUUAAUUUGGCAGGAUAAAAAUAUUGCAAAAAAUAAUUUGUAUGUUAAUCCUAAUGUACAGUCGUAAAGGUUGUUUGACAGCCUUUGGGUAAAAUAUGAAAACAGAUUAAAUGUUUUUGUUCUCAGUUUCUGUUUUGUAUAUUGUUUUUAAAUGCCCCUUUGUGAGUACUGUUCCAACAGGGCUAAAUGUACCUGCUGCUGCCUGGACCUUGCAUUAAGGCGUGGAGAUGUGUCUUACCUGGUCCUACCUAUUCAUUUUUUCUACAAUCCACCUGUGUGCAAUCUCAGCUGAAUUCUUGGAACUGCUAAAUUGUUUUCUUUUUUUGUUUGUUGGUUGCAUACUAAUGCAACUAGGAAAGUUCUUCAAAAAAUACCACUAUGAAUUUGGAAGUGAUAAAAUAAGUAUAACACACAUUGUUUUAUUAAUCAAAUGUUUGCACUGUUUGAUAGAUGGAAUACGCAGGUGCUGUACAUUGUAAAAAAGGGAAAGAACAUUGAUACAAUUAUAAUUCAUUUCAGCAGAAUAUGUGGUCCAGGCACUGAGAAUCCCUGUCUGAACAGGACCUAUUAGACGUAUAGGUCUUGCCAGUUCAUUCAGUAACAUGCUUUGCUGCAGUUCAUUCCUUGGUGUACAUUCCAUUAAUUUCUAUAUGCAUGCAGGGCUGUGAUAAAAAUCUAUACCUUUUGUCUGUGCCAAAUUAUUCUUUUGUAAUAGCUUGUUAAAGUGGAAACAUUUAGAAUAGUUUACUUUAGUGAUUAGGAAAAUAUUAGCAUGCAUUGACAUCAAACAUCUGACAUCACUGCAGUAUUAAAGGGGGCUUGUUCAGUACUGUGAAAUCUAUAGCAUUGUUUGGGCUGGACCCUUUGUGCAGUUUAUGUUCAAAUACUUAGGGAUAAUUUGCAAUUUCCUGUAGCAUCUCAAUGUUCAGGUUUUGCUUGGUUUUAAGGCAGACAUUUUCUUGUGGUGCACAAUCUAGAAAUUUCUACCAUUUGUCUGCAGGUGGUGGAGAAUUCCGAUGCCUGGAAUUAAUGCAUGCAUAUUUAUGUGAACUCUGACCUUAGAUCUGCUGAACUCACUGCCUUGUUUGAGUCAAGUAUUGUCAAAGAGGAGUGAUAAGGCUUCUGGAGAAAGCAUAACUGGAAAUACUGGAAUUUAACUUAAAAAGAUAUUUAAUAUGUACCCAUGGCUACUGAUUUUAUGUAUCAUGCUGUUUUCCUUGGACAUGCUAUUUUGAAGGAUAAAACAGCUUACAUUAAUGUUUACCCCAAAAGAUCUUCCAGUAAUCAGAGAGGAACAAAUACAUAUAUGCAGCCUAAAUAAUGGAAAUACGACAUGGGUUUAAAUUCAGGGCAUUUGGGUAGCUGGCAAGUUCAAUGCUUCCUACAGCAAUUAAAACAUCUUCCUUAGGCAUAUUAUCUUAGCAGGUGAAUAAAAACAAAAUAUGUAGGGUGCAGUUCUGCUGUCACUAUGACUGAGUGCAUGUCAGUGACAGUAUACACAGAAAUGAAUUCACCCCUCCUGAUGCUUUCACACUGCCUCCUUCAAUUGGCCUGUUUCUUUGGAGGAGACCUUUUCAUUCUGACUUCAUUCUUUCACCAGGAUUUCAUUUCAAGAUAUUGUGCAUCUGUUCUCACUGCUCCCUUCUGUCAGUCCAAAAUUAUGUUAACCGCAUCAUUUGUCCGUUUUCAUUCUGCAUGAAGACCACCACAUUUUCUUCUUUUGUCAUAUAUGACCUCUUUCAUUUUUUUCUGCUGUGUUUAGAAAAGAUGGUUACAUUAUUUUUGAGCAUCAUUUAGUUUCCAUUGCUUCUCAUUCAUACCCAUCAGCUGCUGUACUAAUUAAAUUAAUGAUUUAUUAGGAGAUGCUAUCAUGAUGGAAGAACCUCUUAUAGGAACCUUGACAGUGUUCUGGUAGUGGAACCAUCUGCAUUUCAUCUUAGUCCUGAGGAUUUUAUAAAAAUUGGAAAGCUACUGAUUUGCUUUCUUUUUUGCCAUUUCUGUUGACUUCCAUGUCUUUUUGAACAUGGGUUGGUAAUAAACAACCAUUUCUAAUCUUGCUGCACUGGCCAAUGGUAUCUAGUUUGGAGAUUGCCUUGCACUGGUCAAGUCAAAGGUCAUUGCAAUGGCCACAGCUGCCAAUGAGUUUUCAUUAACAGUGGUAUAUCCAUUCACCCUUCCGAGAACUCCAUUCCAUUUUUUUGUGCAUUAAUCAACCUACUGGAUUUAUCUUUUGUCUUGGUAUAACUUUUGAAGAUGAUACCCCUCCAACCCCAAUCAGCCAAUCUGCUGUGGUACUGCUGUUGGUACAACAGUCUUGGCCCUGAGGUUAACAAAUGUUUGCAUGGUAAAACUAACAACCAGAGGUCACCACCUUUAUCUUUGGGCAUGGAUGGGUAAUAACUUAAAUUUGAUGUGAUGUGCCUCACCAGUAUUUGACAGGAAGUAAUUAGAUUUAGCCGGGGCUAAUGUGGCUGAACCAAAUUACUUCCUGUCAGAUACUGAUGAGGGUCUCAAGAAAGAAUUGCUAGUUUCUGAUGAAGUCCAUUUGAAUGUACAGCAUGAAAGAGCUUACAUUUGAACUACAGAAUAAAUGCUGUUUCUAUUUCUUGGUGGUCAGUUUCCAGUCUGUGUACUUUGUUUUUCUGGAUUUUUCUUGCCCUCCUUUAGUACUUUAGCAGAGACUUGGGGUGAACAGCUCCUCGGCUGGCAAUGGGAAACAUCAGCCAUGAUGUGACAAACUAGGGCUCCUCCCAGUGGAGAACUAGGCUAUUAGGAACCUAUUGUAUUUCUGCUGCCAGUAUCAAUCAACAAAGGUGCUAGUUAAAAUGGUAAUCUAUUGCUUUGCUGGUUAGUUCCAGAAAUAUAGCAUAUGUUGAUCAGCAGUAAGCCUUAGGUAGGUACUUAAAUAUAACAUUGGACUAGCACCCCAAUGGAAACUCCAGGAUUCUCGACCAUCUGUCUUGGCACAUUCCUGUGAGUAGGUCCUACAUAGUAGAGCACCAGAAAACAUAGGAUUAGAUCAAGACAUUCCCGCAUAUCUUCCAUAGAUUAAAUCUUAGGACAAAGUACAUGUGAUUGUGUUUCAGUCAGACUUCCUCCACAAAGCUCCUUUCUGUGCCCUUACAUGCACUUAAGAAGAAAGUUAACUUUAUGUUGCAAAUUAAAAAGUAACAGGACAGUGGGCCCAUUUAAUAUUAGAUGUCCUCUGUCUUCAUUCCCAGUGGAGACUACAAAUAAAGGCCAAGUUCUCUAAUGCAAAGCUCCAUGACCCACAACAGAAUUUAAUAAGGGGACUGUUAGGCUCAACUUUUACCUUUAGACCUUACUGUAGCACAGCAGCUUGCAUAACCUUAGCUUUGGUGUUACCUAUUAUUAGACCUUGUAUAUUCAUUAAAAGUUAAGGGGACAAGUGACAAAUAUAUCAUUGUGUAGCCUGGGUAACAAUUUAUUCCUGAUUUGUGGACCUUGGCACACCACAGGCUCUUACAAUAAGAUCCAAAUAUGGCCUGGUGAAUUUUGUCUUCUUUUUUUCUUUGACAAGCUAGUGUACUCUUAACCAUUUACUCAUUUUAAUUUGUCUCUAUCACAGUCCUUUUUUUCUCUUUUGCAGAUGAAGGUUACUGCUUGAUAUUUAAAAGAUAUUAACUUUCCUUUCACAGAAGAGGACUUAAAUAGUAAAGGAUCAAUAUAUCAAUCUUGUGCAUUAAUGGUGGCAAAAAGGCUGUAAUGAGUCAUGUCUUAUAUAUCUUAAGGCAGAUUUGAAGCAGUUGCUUCAACCAGAGUUUGAGGGAGAAAUAAUUUUCAUCAUAGCUAGUCUACUCUGCUUAUUUUUGUGUUUUGGAAAUAGCAUAAGAGAUUUAUGGUCAGACAAGAAUUUACUUUUCCAAAUCUUUUUCUUUAGGUGGCAGUAAAAGACACCUGUUUUCUGAACUAGGCAAUGGCAUCUUCACCAAAUCUGAUAGCUUUGGCACAAAAGUAAGGAUAAAAUGUUAUCUGAUCAGAUACUUAGUUUACUCCAGCUGAACAGUACCUCAGUGGAGGUAGCAGUGUUGUCCAAUAUAACUUGACAUCCGAUUGACCCUUCAGUUCUUAUAGGCCCGCAUGCAUCUUUGAAUUUCUCAUCAUCCUAGUUGACUAUCUUUCAGUGGACAGAAUAAAAAUAAUCCCUAUGUUUUUGAGUUGCCUUUUUUAUCUCUAGUAACUGCAUGACAGGUCACUGCAUGCUUUCACUGGACAGGUAUCUUUCUUCCAGAUGAUUUUCAAGAUUAUUAUUUCUUGGCACUACCUGGUGUGACAGUUGUUUGCUCCAUUUAUAGGAUAAAUUCAUUCUGCAUGACCAACUGAGAUCCCUUCUGGUUAUAUUUAUCUGCUGAUUAUUAACCCUCAGGAAAAUAUAAAGAGGUUGUAAAACACAUUAUCUGCAUCAGUACAUUUAAUGGGCAUUGGUUGCAACUUCAUCUUCAUACUGUCUUCCUUAUAUAGAGACUAGACUUCUUAUCAGUCUUUCUUUUCUGCUCCCUCAUGACGUCAUUCUUUAGGGGCUGCCUUUGAACCUUAUGUAGCAACGAACCGAGGGAAAAGAGGAACUGCCCUCUGUGUAUGCUGUUGAUGACAAGACUGUGCUACUAGGCAUGGCCUACCACAUUAUCUAGGCAGAAUUUUGAUGAUCAAUAUAGUCUUUAAUCACCUGCUAACUAAGGGGGUUCUUGAAGCUCUUAUAUCAGAGUAACAACCCAUAUUUUUGGUACUUAACUCUGGCAAUCUCUUACUUUGAUGUGCUAUAUAUUUGCCAUUUCAUCUCAGUUUCUUAUACAAUGUUUAUUGAUAAAAUUUAAUUCAAUGACGUGACACAAGUCAUAUUUUCUUGUAGGCCAGAAGCACGAUGCACAUGCAUUGUGUCACAUAAAGUAUGUCUGUACAUAUUAUACUUUUUUAUAAGUGGUUACAAUCUAUUAGGAGUUAUACUUGAAAGCCAUGUGUCAAUGACAUAACAAAAGGUCAUAGAUUUUUAUCCUAGCCCUGGGUUUGAAACAGUCCACAAGAUUUGUUUUACUACAGGUUAAUGUUCAUGUUAUGGUGCUCUUUGUAUUCUAGACUUGCAAAGCAAAUUGACAUCACCUACUUCAUUUGCAUUUGUUAAUGGCAAGGCAAAUAUUUUUGUUAUUACCUUUUUCUAUUACUUAUUGUAAGAGCUUUUAUCGUUUACUUGGAGUUUUGGUCUUUUACUACAAGUUUGUUACUAUUUAUUAUUGCUUGAUAUUUGUGCUCUGUUUAAAAAACAGACACUAUUCUUUUUUUAAUAAAAAAGUUGAAAUGGCCUGAGGUUUAUUUCAACAUGGCUUUGUGAAAUAUUUAUUGUUCUUUUUUGUUCUCUGUACAAGAUUAUGGCCUCUUUUCCCUUAAUGUCACAAUGUUGAGUUCAGCAUGUGUCUACCAUUUCAUUUGUACGCUUGUUCAAAACAAAAAAAGUUUGUUCCAGUUUCAAGUUAUACAAAAUAAAUUGGAAAUUAACUUGA